CGACAAAUUGUUUUGAUUUGAUUUUAAAGGAAUUUAGGUGUGAACUCACGAAAAUGUUUAUUAUUAGUGGAAAAACUUAGUUUAAUGUUAAUUUCUAUGAACUGAAAAGGUCUAUCUAGUCAAGUUAAGUGAAAUUAAAGUCCACAGAAAAGUCAAAUUAAUUUUUAUUCGUGUUAAACGAACCAACUUAAUAAUAAGCCCGCCGGGAAAUAUUUGUGACGUCAGAGGUUUACUGAAUUCCUGAAAUUUUUUACGCGAUUUGUUAUACGCUGUUGCACGACUUACUUUAUUGAGCUAUUACUUUUAUAACAGUUUACCUUUAAACUAUUUUAUAAAGUUAAUAGAUUCACAAAGACGCCAACUUCGACAGUUAUUUCUUUUACCAAGUUUCCAUUUAAAUAUGAUUUGCUGAACUUAUCCGUCGAAUAAUGAUGCAUUCCGUCCGAGGCAAUUUAUCUUCAACUAACAGUCCUCCUCGUCCGUUUAUACAUUCAGGUUAUCAGCAGAAUUUGUCUGGAAGUGAUACUGAUGUCUCCACAUCUAAUGAAAACUUAACCAUGGAGGAAAGAAGAGUACUCCAAAAUGGUGUGAGGCAGGAGCCCCAAGGAGAAGAAACUGUGAUCAAUGAUCCUGAUUCUAUGUCUUCCAACACUCUUAUCAUCCAUGAAAAAAUACCUGUAGAUCACAACUCACCCUUCUUCAGCCAAAAUUAUAAGAGCCCAGAAAAUAACAUGUACCAAGGGACAGAUUAUGAAAAAUUAGAAAAAUACAGGUUAUAUGAAAAUUGCAAUUUGAUGAAUUUAGUAACUAGAAACAGUCCACCUGUGCCAUUGUCUCCAAAAUCCUCUCCUCGUAGGCAGAUGCUUCCUGGGUAUCACAACCCUCAACACCGCAAUGCCUGGGAACAAUAUUCACAUUUGCCUGCUAAUGAAUAUUCGAUGGUUGGGAGGCAGACUCCAAUUUAUUCAUCCCCUAAUCAGAACCAUCCUAUGCCUCCAUCAAACUAUUUAGAACCACAAUCUGUACCUGGUUUAACAGAAAUCCCAAAAGACUACCUAGACCAAUCUGAAGUGUUGAAAUAUUUAGCGAAAGAAUUGAAUCAUCAAAAUAGAGUAAUAGAAAAUUACCCUCCACCCCAAGACUAUUCUAAUUUAGAUUUUGCAAAAGAUCCUCAAAUUAUCCUUGGUAGUGCUAUACGUAGACGAGGUUAUGGAAUGUUAGGGUCAAAAUCUAAGUCUGCUGAGAGGCUGACUGUGACUAGAUCGCAUCCAGAUCUUAGUCAUACCAAGCAUUUUCAUUCGGAAGACAAUAGUGCCAAACUGUCCCUUUCUGUUCAAAGGCCUGACUUACAUGGAAGAGUUUGUUUAGAUUCUGAUGCAAUGCAUGCUAGUCAGAUGAUUGAACUACUAUCAGCUGAAAAUACUACACUGAAAACUGAACUAGAUUUGUACUAUAAGAAAGUCUCCAAAUUGCAAAAGUUUGAAAUGGAGAUACAGAAAGUACAUAAAGCCUAUGAAGAUUUGGUGCACUCUUCUGAAAAAAGAGAAAAAUUGGAGAGAACAAUCAGAAGUCGCUUGGAAAUGGAAAUAGGUCGUUUGCAGGAGCAAAACAAAGAACUUAGAGAACACAUUGCAUCUUCCAGUUCUCAUCUAGCUAAAUUUCCUGUUUCUGAAGUAAAUGAUUCAGAAUUAAGGAAAGAGCUGAGUAAGAGGGAAGUUCUGAUAGCUCAACUGUUAACCCAAACAAAAGAGUUGUUAGCAGAAAAAGAAAGGCAAGAGAUUGAAUUACAAGCUCAACGUGCAACUUUGCAAGAACAAAGAAACCACAUUGACAUUUUAGAUAAUGCCUUGACAAAUGCCCAAGCGAAUGUUAUGAGAUUAGAAGAGGAGUCUCGAAAGAAGCAAGUCUACGUUGAUAGAGUUGCUCAACUUCAGAAAGCCCUAACUAGUUUGCAGCAGUCUAGUGAGAAACGAUUACAAGUUGAAAGGAAACUGCGUGCACAGCAUGAAAAAGAAGUUCAAGCCUUGAAGUUACAAUUGCAAGGAAAAUCAAAUCCACAUUCAAAGGCAGAAAACUCAGAUAGUGUUGAAAGUCUUAAGAAAACAAUUAUGGAGUAUGAAGAAAAGAUAAUAGGACUUGAAGCUGAAGUAUCAAGGUGGGAACAAAAAUAUGUUGAAGAAAGCACUAUGAGGCAGAUAGCUGUUGAUGCAGCUUCAGUACCAAAAGAUGCUAAAAUAGCUGCUUUGGAAAGGACUUCUCAGGAAAGUGAAAAACUUAUUGCACAAGCUCGUUCUGAAAAACUUAAACAAAUGGAUGAACUAUAUGCUGCAAAUAGAAAAUGUACUGAAUUAGAAAGCAGGAUAAAAGACUUUGAGUCCAAAUUAGCUGAAAAAGAUGCCAUGAUUAAAGUACUGCAACAGCAUUCUCAAGAGAAAGAUGCUGUUCUUCAGCAUGCUGUUUUAGGCCGUCCUCCUCGUCACACUAGGUCAGUCAGUACUGUUGGCCUAACGACCAGCACAUGUCAUACGACCACGACUACAGGUGUUUCUUCUCUAGGAAGAGUUUCUCCUUCUCCUACCAGCAGUCUCCAUAAAAGACAUGGAAGUGCUUCUGGUAGCCUUCUUAGCAUUUCAAGCGAAUCUUCAAGCACAACACAAACAUCACCUUCUUCACCUGUAACGUCAUCUGUUACAGAGGAUAAGAAGAGUUUAGAUGAACAGUUGAAAGAGCUGGACUCUCGACUCUCCAGUAAGGACUCAAUCAUAAGCGCUCUGCGAGCAGAGAAAGAAAGGUAUCCAAAUCACUUUUGGAGAGUAUGAAAGAGAUGAUUUGUAAUUAGUUAACUCAAGAUCCUAGUCAAGCUUAAAUAUGUUCAUUGUUUUUUUUUUUUUUUUUUUUUUUUUUUUUUUUNUCUUCUUUCAUGUGUAUUGGUACACAUUUUGUUAAAAAGCUGCUGGAACAGCUGAACAAAACAUUUAACUUUUUUUUGUGUUUUCUUCUUUAUUUAAAAUUUUGAUUUGAUUAUCUUUAGUUGCAUUUUAUCAUUUGUUAUAUUUCCAACCAACUUCUUAUGAAGUUUUAAAUUUGAGGAGGGAAAUAAGUUAUUUUAUUGUUUAUUUUCUAUUUACAUUUCAUAAUGUAAUAAUUUACAUAUAAUACUGAAUGACACAUUUAAUACAUUUAUUAAUGAAACAUGUGUUAUUCAGUUAUUUGCAUAGUUGCCAACAACGUUAAAGUCUUCAUAACUUAUUCCUUGAAAUUUCCUGUUUGGAAAAAGGCUUAUAAUAUUCCUUGACAUAAAAUUAUAGUUACCAAAUGUUCCAAAAAUAAGUUUCGAAAAUCGGUUAGAGACCAGCAGAAGUACGGAAUUGUGCAGUUUGCUGUUUUCUACUUGGGAAACCAGAGCUUUCUUCUGACCAAACCGAUGGUGCUUUUCAAAAAAAUUAUAAAACAUUUUAUUAGCUAUGGAUAUCUGUUGCAUUUGAAGUAAUAUAGGUUUUCCAUUAAAAAAAACAUAACUAAUUUUGAAAUUUAAGAAAAUUUCUUAAGCACUACCCUACAUAUGAUAGAUUUCCAUCUCCUGCCAUUUUUCUAAGAUUGGUUAAUCAAAUUUGUGUUUUUUAGGACACUAGGUAUAAUAAUAUAACACAUAUAGGUUAUUAAAAAAUCAUUAAUCUGCAAGACUUGUACAAUUACUUUUUUACGAAACCCUGUCAUUUACAUGUCUUGCUAUUUCAACAUGCUGGCAACUUUGCAUUUAUGAAUGAAUAGAUAUUAU